AUGUCUGGACCCGAAUUGCAGCGCUUUGAGUCGUACCAAUACCCGGCCACCCAUGUUGGACACUUGAACCCUGGUCAGGAAAAGGCACUGCUAGCCUUCAAAGAGCUGUGUCAGGAGAAGGGAUACUACAACCCAACAGGACGCCCCAAUGGCCUUCCCAGCCAUGACGACGAGACCAUGCUGCGGUAUCUGCGUGCUCGCAAGUUUGUUCCCAGCGAAGCCUUUGGCCAGUUCAAGGACACAGAGGACUGGCGCAAGGAUAUUCAACUCGACAAGCUCUACGACACCAUCGACAUCAACGAGUAUGAGCAGACCCGUGUCUUGUAUCCUCAAUGGACUGGCCGACAAGACCGUCGUGGCAUCCCUGUAUACACCUUUGAAGUCGCCCACCUGAACAGCAAGGCCAUCUCGGCCUAUGAAGCAUCAACUACAACUAAGAACUCAGCUGUGCAGUCUAAAGUACCCGCCAAGAUGCUCCGCUUGUUCGCCCUGUACGAAAACCUCACCAACUUCGUGCUGCCGCUCUGCUCAGAGAUGAACAAUCGCCCCUUCCCGGAGACACCGGUAUCACAGUCAAGCAACAUCGUUGAUAUUUCAAACGUUGGUCUGAGACAAUUCUGGAAUCUCAAGGCUCACAUGCAAGAUGCUAGUCAGCUGGCUACCGCACAUUAUCCCGAGACCCUGGACAGAAUCUUCAUCAUUGGUGCACCUUCCUUCUUCCCUACUGUCUGGAGUUGGGUCAAGAAAUGGUUCGAUCCCAUCACUGUCUCCAAAAUUUUCAUUCUUUCCAAGCAAGAUCAGUAUGCGACGCUGUCAAAGUACAUUGAUCCUGAGAAUAUCCCAGAAAAAUAUGGCGGCAAGUUGAAGUACAACUUUGGCGAUCUGCCCAACAUUGACCCAGAUCUUCACAACCUACUUCAGUGGACUGCACCGCAUAAGCUCAACGGCAUGGACACCAUUCCCAGCGGUCCUAUCAGAUGGGUAGCCACACCGACUGGUGACAGAGUCGCUCUCGCACUAGGCUCAGAAAACGGCAAACCUCGUAAUCGCCAGGUCGCCAUUGCCAAGGCAUCUCAACACACCGCACCUGCUGCACCAGCCGCAGGUCAACAGGAUGCUGCUCUCUACAGAACCACCAGUGGUCAGCAUACCCACCCGCCCAGCCCUCCCAACGGCCAAAAAGCCGUGGCGCCUCCCACGUACGGCAACGGGAGCACCACACUCCCUGUACGCGAGCAACACCAAGUCCAAUCGACCCAGACUUCUGCAAAUCAGCCCAGCACAGACAGAACAGGCACAUCAGGUACGAGCUACAUUGCACAAUCCCACACGCACGCGCACGGCACCCUCGCCGACGGCACUCCCGACAAGCGUGAAGGCACUUUUGGCGACACAUAUGGCGUAAACGAACCUAACACGAUCGGGCAGGCGCCUAAGGAGCACCCCAUGCCUGAGGCUGAGGUACCGCAAGCAACGUACGUGGAUCAGGCCAAGGAGGUGGCAGGCCAAGCGUAUAGUACUGCUGCCAGUGUGGGUGCGAGUGCAUUGGCUGCUGUGGGAUACGGCACCAAGGAGGAAAACAAGGAAAUGGUCGAGGAACAGCCGCCCAAAAAGGCCGAGGAUCCGAGGGUAGAUGCUAUGGGUGACAGGAGCGUCGAGGAGUAUCUCCGUGGCCAGUACGAAAGCCCCGCUGCUGCAAAAGCGAAACAGAUGCAGCAGGAAAGAGGUCCCGUGGCUCAGUGA